CAGAUCACUAGUUCUGCAGCCUGUCACCCACAGCUCGAGCACGCUAGCGUGGGUAACAGUGCAGUGUUGAUCACGUAAUCCUCUGAAUCUUUAACAUCGAAGCCCAUUUCUUGCACCUUCAACGCACCUUUUUUUUAAUUAUUCCGACGACUAAGGAACUGCACGGGUUGUUUAAUGCCAGUGCGCGCUAGUACCAGCAGGAGGCUUAAAUGUGCAGCUCGUCUGAGCUUUUCUAACAGUGACGCCGCAAUCGGGAUUAAUACUUUCCGUGGGAAUUUGCUUAUUUGAGCGAAAGUGUUUUUGCUUAAAUAUAUUCGCUUACACGCGCUUGGGCGGGAUUUGGACUACGGCCAGAUAAACUAUAUUAAGCAACGUGGCGCUUUUACUUCCUUGUCCUGUCAGAGACGCUCAUCGCGCGAUAAUAACGCGUGAGUAGUUUAAAACAGAUGAACAGAGAUUCAUGUCUGCGAGGAUGGACACGCAGUGCAGCACGGAGUUCCUUCGUGAGGUGCAGAAGUUGCACAAGGAAAAGUUGAGAAACGACGUACUGAACUCAGUACAGCGCAGCUCUCUUUUAGGAGGCCAGUCUGCCAAGGAGGUGAUUUUAGGCAACCGGUACACAGCCCUGUCAGCCAGCCUGAGUGAGGAGGCCAGCCUGGUGGAGGAUGGGACGUGGGAGGCCCUGGAGGUGCUGCUUACAGAAGCGUUCGCCGCAGGCCACGAGAGUCUCAGAGUGAUGCUGUGUGGUGGAGCUGGAAUGGGCAAGACCAUAGCAGUGGAGAAGCUUAUUUGGGACUGGGCUGCCGGCUCGUGUCUGCAACACUACACACUGCUGCUGCGUGUGUGUGUGCAGGCGCUCUGCAUGCCUGGAGACAGUUUGCAGGGGGUGCUACUGAGCACACACGCGCACCUCUCUGCUGAGGCCCUGACACUAGCUCUGCAGACACCUCACAAACUGCUCCUGGUGCUGGACGAGCUGGACGGCUUCCUCUUGGAUCCCCCCCCCUCAGACGUGCUGGUCUGUGACCUGCAGCAGCCAGCAGGGGGUGCUGUGCUACUGCACAGUCUGCUGCAGGGCUCUCUGCUGCCUGGAGCAUCACUGCUCCUCACCUCCAGAGAGCCUGUCAUCCUGGAAACAGUACAGAACAUCUACAUCCUGGGCUUCUCCCAUGCUCAGAGGCGAGCCUACUUCCGAGGGUUCCUCGAGGUGGGCGUGGAGGAGGUUCUGGAUCGCUGUGAGCGGGCGGUGGGUGUGGCCGAGCUGUGGGCGUGUCCCGCGUUUUGCUGGACACUGUGCCAGCAGGCGCAGCAGGAGUGUGUGCCCGACACGCUGAGCGAGCUGCUCUGCAUGGUUACACACACACUCCUCCAGGAGCACGGCGUGGAUAUGCAGACAGCCAGGGAACUCCUUGCUGGCCUGGGUAAACUCGCAAACCACUGCACCCACCUCGACCUCCUCUGCUGCACCCGCAGUGACCUCAUCACAUGCGGUCUGGAGCCCUUCCUCACCUCCCCGAUCCUUUUUGCUUUCCUGCACAUGGUUGGAUGUGAUGUCACUUCCCCUGAUGGCACAUUCUCCUUCUUGUCUCCGGUACUCCGAGAGUUCUUGCAAGCAGUCUCCUUUUAUGUCAGCCAAUCAGAAUAUGAUGGAGGCGGGAUCCUGGAAGAAUAUCAGGACCUCUGCCUUGUGUUCUUGGCUGGCCUUUCGGACCCAGUGCAGCGGAAGCUUCUGGAAACAUCCGCGGGGCCGCUCGGCAGCGACCGUCUGUCGGAGUUCCACCGGUGGCUGAUGGGCUUGGCCGCACAGGUGUUGCCAGGCUACGGGAAAAGAGAGCACUGGCGUGUUUUGCGUCUUCUCCAUCAUGCCCACAGCCCCGCGCUGAUCCGAGAGAGUGUGGCAUCCUCUACGUGGAGGGCGAUCAGCUACAGUGGCCUACAGGGACCAGACUGUGCCGCACUGGCGUUUGUAGUGAGCUGCCUGGGAGAGAUGGAGCACCUAAACCUGUACAUGAGUGCGUUGACGGAGGAGCAGGCACAGAAGAUCACACCUGCUGUUCAACUGGCUAAGUCCAUCAGUCUGUCCCAGAGCCGCGUAAGUGUGGGUGUGAUCACGCAGUUUGGGCGGGCGAUGAGCGAGGGGCAUGUCAACCAGCUGGAUCUGUCUUACUGCACACUGGGAGAUGAAGGAGCCCAGAGCCUCUGCACGUCCCUGCAGCUUUCCAGGCUGCACACGCUGACGCUGAGAUCCUGUGCUCUAACCCCAGUGUGUAGUGAGGCGCUUUCUAAGUUGCUGUGUGGCUCCAAGCUGCGUGAGUUGGAUCUGGGUGGAAAUGAGCUGCAGGACCAGGGAGUGUCUCGUCUCCUCAGUGCGCUGGGGCCCUCAGUGUGUGCACUUCAGGAACUCAGGCUUGAUCGCUGUGCCCUGAGUGGCGCGUGUGUGGCACCGUUGUCCUCGGCGAUGUGUGCCGCACUCUCUGUGCUGAGGAUGCUGGACCUGAGUUGGAACAGUCUGGCUGGUGACAGCUUGGAGCUCCUCUCACAAACACUCCAGUCAGGCUGCUGCUGCCUGACCACGCUGAGGUUGUUCGACUGCGAGCUGACGGAUUCGUGCUGCUCUUCCUUAGCAGCUGCUCUCCAGUCAGAGAAGUGCUGCCUGGUCGAGCUGGAUCUGUCCGUCAACGAGCUUCACCAAUCAGGAGCCAUUCUCAUCUGUGAUGCGCUCAAAGCCCCCAGCUGUUCCCUGGAGAAGCUAUGUAUGGUGAGGUGUGAGCUGUCGGAUGAGGUCUUCAGUGCGUUGGGCAGUGUGCUGGGCUCUGGUGUGUCCAGAUUAAAACAUCUUGCAAUUGGAUUAAACCCAGCAGCGAGCGCUGGUGUGAAACACAUAUGGAAGGCCCUGAAACACACUCACUGCAGGCUACAGCAUCUCGAUCUUGAGAUGAUGGAGUUGACAGACACAUGUGUUGAUGAGCUCUGUGAAGCCAUUACUGCUAACAACUCCUUAACAACCCUCAUACUGAAGAACAACAGCCUAACCGAUGCUUCCGUGCCACGAAUGAUCAAACUUAUUCAAGACCAUCCAAUCAUGAACGAGCUCAAUCUACAGUACAAUGACUUCUGCGAGGAUGUUUUUGACCUGAUGGAGAGGUUCCCUGCAAUAAAAUAUUAAGGCAGCUGGCAGGUUGUGAUGGGUCACCGUGUCUGAGGAGACCAAGGACUAGCUGGCGUGUUGGUUUACAGAUACAUGUUUUAGCUACUUGGGUAGCUCAGUGCAUAUUUGCAGAGCAUUUACUAUUAAUACCGUAUUAAUUGUUGAGCACUUUUUAAUAACCUAGUUGGUGUAUUUCUGUGUCUUUCAGAUCUUCUUAAAUGCUGUCAUUCUUAAAUCUUUUAAUACCAGCUCUAUUUUUGCAUAUUCAAUCCUGCAGAAAAUUAAAUUUUGACUGAAAAGUUAAUCUUUUAUUCA